GACCGCUGAGACCACAGUGCGAGGUUUGGGGCUAAAGCCGCGUGAGGGCCCGGUCAGCCUUACUCUUUCCCCGUAAGGAAAUGGCCGGGGUGCUUCAGGGAACCCAGGCGCCGUUGCCUCAGCGGAGCCCGGGCUGACGAGGCAGGGCAGCGGGGUAAACCGGAGCAGUUCUGCGCGGGGUGGGGAGGCCAUGGCGUCCGGCAGUAACUGGCAGUCCGGCGUGAAUGUCGUGCUGGUGAUGGCCUACGGGAGCCUGGACUUAAAAGAGGAGAUUGAUAUCCGACUAUCCAGGGUUCAGGAUAUCAAAUAUGAACCUCAGCUCCUUGCUGAUGAUGAUGCAAGACUGCUACAGCUGGAAACCCAGGGAAAUCAAAAUUGCUACAACUAUCUAUAUAGGAUGAAAGCUCUGGAUGCCAUCCGUGCCUCUGAGAUCCCAUUUCAUGCUGAAAGCCGACAUCCCCGUUCCUUAAUGGGCAAGAAUUUCCGCUCCUACCUGCUAGAUCUUCGAAACACUAGUACUCCUUUUAAGGGUGUGUGCAAGGCCCUCAUUGAUACCCUGCUGGAUGGCUAUGAGACAGCCCGCUAUGGGACAGGGGUCUUUGGCCAGAGUGAGUACCUGCGCUAUCAGGAGGCCUUGAGUGACCUGGCCACAGUGGUCAAAGCACGAAGUGGGAGCUCUCAGCGACAACACCAGUCAGCAGCCAAAGACCUAACCCAGUCUCCUGAAGUCUCCCCAACAACCAUCCAGGUGACGUACCUCCCCUCCAGUCAGAAGAGUAAACGUGCCAAGCACUUCCUCGAGUUGAAGAGCUUUAAGGACAACUAUAACACACUGGAGAGUACUCUGUGAUGGAGCUGAAGGACUCGCACUGUUGAUAGAGACAGACAGACUGCAGUGUGCCCGUUGGGCAGCCCUCAGGCCAUCUGGCUCAGCAGCCCAGACUGGAUCAGCUGAAGCUCUGGUUGUGUUCAGAGCCCUUAGAGUUCAUGCCGAGAGGAUCAUUCUCCCACCCUCUCUUACAGCUAGUUUCAGAACAUCAGUUAAGACUUUAUUUUCCCUUGGUAGCACUUUUCUCUGGAGUUGAAUUCAGAUGUUUUUCUUAAUAUUUCUGUCAAAGCUUCCUUAAAAAUCCUCACUUGGUUUUGAUCAUGGUUCAUCUGUCUUUUUCCAGACUAUAAAUAAUCCCAAGGGUGAGAGUUGGAGUGACAGGGCUUGGUGUCUUGUCUUCUGUACCUAUAUCCCUUUGUACAUGGUUGAAUGGGAACCACUUGGGUUUGAGACAUCUAAGAGUUCAUUGGUGGGAAAGGUAUACAGGAACUGGUGGGGAGAUUGGGUGAGGCCAUGAGUGGUAUGUGGAACAACUUACCUUGGUGCUCCACUUAAACCAGGAUGUGUUGAAACAACACAACUUCCCUGCCUUCCAUUUUCAUUCCAUACUGUCAUGAAUAAGUUGAAAAAGGAAUAUUUUGACACCUGACAUAAUCCCAUCCCUCCUCAUUUGUGGGAUAGUGUGAAGGAAUGGUCAGACCAAUAUAUUGGUCUGAGUUUAUAAACUUUAAUAAAAUGAACAAUUAAAAAGUAAAAAAAAAAAAAAACAAAAAAAAA